AUGGUAUGGUUUUUAAUACAAAUCAUAUUUUUAUCAAUUUUUACAAUUAUAUUUUCUCUUCAACAAUGUCCUGAUGGAUGGAUUUUAGAUUCAAAGACACUACAAUGUUACUAUUUUUCAAAUGAAAAUUCGAUGGCAAUGGAUCAGGCUGAGCUAUUUUGUAAUAAUCAAGUAGGAGGAAAUUUAGCAUCAAUUCAUAGUAAUGAUGAUUUAUUAAUUGUUGAAAAUUUAUCAAAUAAAAGUCCUUUUUUAACAUGGAUAGGUUUACAAUCUAAUGAUAAUGGUAAUUUAUCAUGGACUGAUGGAAAUCAUCAACAAUGUUUUGCAUUAAGAACUACCAUACCAAAUGAUGGUUUUGUUUCACUUCAUUGUAGUUAUAAUCAACCAUUUAUAUGCAAACAAAAAGUACCUUCAUGUCCAAAAACAUUUUACAAUUCAAGUUUAGGAAUGAUAUCAUCUUCAAAUUAUCCAAAAAAUUAUGAUAAUAAUUUGGAUUGUAAAUAUAUAAUUAAUGUUCCUACAAAUAAACGUGUUGAAAUAAUUUUUCCAGCUUUUAGUACACAAAAUUAUUCAGAUUAUCUUGAAAUUUGGGAUGGACCUGAUGUUGGAAAUGGAUUUUUAAUUGGAAAUUUCAGUGGAUCAUCCUUAAAAAAAUGGAAUAAAAUAUAUUCUACUGGAAAUUUUAUGUCUUUAUUUUUCCAUACUGAUUCUACUGUUACAAGUUCUGGAUGGUCAGGUUUAUUUUAUGCUAGAAAAAUUUCACCAACAAUAAAUGCUACAGGAUCUGGUGGAGAAAUUUCAAGUCCAAACUAUCCACAAAAGUAUGAUUUUAAUGAAGACCAAUACUAUUUAAUUACAGGGACUAAUGGAAGUAUGAUAAACAUAACUUUUAUUUACUUUUAUACAGAACCAACAUAUGACUAUCUAGCAAUUUAUGAUGGGCCUUCUUUAUAUUCUAAUAAAUUAGCUAUGUUAUCUGGUUAUAUUGCCAACUCUACAAACUCAAAACAAUUUCAAUCAACACAAAAUAAAGUGUUACUACACUUUGUAUCUGAUUAUGUUUUCAAUUACAAUGGAUUUCUUUUAAAAUGGCAAACAUUUUAA